AUGGGCGCGGAGCACGAGGCUGGCGGGCUGAGCCUGCACGGGGAGGGGGCGGCCCGGCGGCAGGCGACGUCGGAGUUCCUGUUCUUCGCCAGCGUGGGGGACGUGCAGCGCUGCACCAAGCUCAUGCAGCUGUGGAACCUGAACGUGGCCGACCCCGCGUUCCACGACUACGACCGGAGGACCCCGCUACACCUGGCGGCCGCGGAGGGAUGCCAUUCGAUGGUGCAGUGGCUGCUUGAGGAGCACGGCGUGGACCCGAACCCGGUGGACCGGUUCAAGAGGACGCCGCUGGAGGAUGCAGUGCGUGGCGACCAUAAUGAAGUUGGAAAACUGUUGAUGCAGCAUGGAGCUAAGGUCACAGACAGAGAUGGAACACUUGUGGACCUGUCUGAGUCGCACCUGUCGUUAAACAUCAGUCUGCUGGGGGAGCUGGAGCCAGACUUCGAAAUCGAUCCAAAAGACAUCACUUUCAUAUCCACCAUAGGUGAAGGCGAGUUUGGUGUUGUUCACAAGGCACAAUGGCACGGCACUGUUGUGGCAGUGAAGAUACUCAAGCAGCACACUGAAGUGGCCCUUGGUGACUUCAAGACAGAAUUGAAUGUUCUUCAGAAAGUGCACCACCCACACACGGUUCAGUUCCUUGGAGCUGUGACUCGAAGUGAGCCCUUCAUGAUCGUCACGGAGUACAUGGCAGGGGGCUCUCUCAAUGACGUCUUCAAGUCCGGCAUCUAUCUUACCAACCAGCGGGCUGUGGAGCUUGCCCUGGACUGCUCUCGAGGGAUGUCCUAUCUCCACAUGCGUUCCCCCCACUGCGUCAUUCAUCGUGACCUGAAACCCGCCAACCUGAUGAUAGGCGGACACGGCUUCACAUCCCCCACUGGGGCCCACCGCAUGAUCACUGAGACAGGGUGUGUCAAAAUUGCCGACUUUGGUCUGUCUCGGUCCAUCAAGACGAAGCUGUACACACGCCAUGCCCUGAUCGACCUUGAGGCCAUGGUCGCUUCAAGAACUGUGGAGGCCAGCAGGCCACCGCCCCAACCAGACGCCCUGACAGAAACUUACAUAUUGACAGGCGAGACAGGCUCCUACCGGUACAUGGCCCCAGAGGUGUUCCGGCACGAGCCUUACAACAACAAGGUGGACGUGUAUGCAUUUGCCAUGAUCUGCUAUCAGCUCUUUGCCGGGGUGCCUCCGUUCUGGGAGUACGACCCAGUUACAGCUGCCAGGGCCGCUGCCAUCGAAAAGCAGCGGCCGGUGUGGGGAAAUGUGUCGCAGCAUGGCCAGAAGAUACCGGUCAAGAUUAGGAAGCUGAUUGAAGACUGUUGGGACGAGGAGUUUGAGAAGCGGCCAGAUUUUUCGACUAUUACAGAGCGAUUGCAGGAGGUUUGGGAGGACCUUGACAGAAAGGCAUUUGGCAAACCCCACGGCUGUUGCAAGGUCCAGUGA